CUCUAUUGCUUGCGGUCCACAAGAUGUUUGUUCAUUCGACUUGUGUUGCUAUUUUAAUUAUUUUAUGUAGUCUUCGCUGUGAUUGUAGUCAAAUAUACGGUCUAAAUGAGACUAAAGCCUUAAUUGAAAUAAAAGCGCAGUUGGCAGAGCUGCGAUUGGAGGAAGAGAAACAAGGAAAUCAAUUAGAAGAAAUUUUAUGGAGACUCAAUCCUCUUAAUAUAGGCACAUAUAAACGCAGUUGUCUCGAAGCAGCUCCAGCUUCUAGCGGUAUAUUCAUGAUCCGUAUACCAGGAUAUAGUAAUCAGCCGUUCAAAGUCGUCUGUGAGGAAACCGACCACGGCUCUGGUUGGACUGUCAUUCUACGACGCCAGGACGGCAGUGUUGACUUCUAUAGGAAUUGGAAUGACUACAAAAAUGGAUUUGGUAACCUGAAUGGAGAAUUUUUUCUUGGCUUCGACAAGAUACAUGCAUUAACUGCCGAUCAAAGUCAGCAGUUGCUUGUGCUACUCGAGGACGGCGAUGGUCAGAAAAGGUAUGAAAAGUAUGACAGAUUCGCAGUGGGUGAUGAGUUGGAGUCCUAUGCCUUGCACACACUGGGAAAGGCCGAAGGAAGUGCUGGUGACUCGCUAAGAAAACACCUUGGUCUUCGAUUUUCGACCUAUGACAAGUCGAACGGUGUUGACCCUCGAAACUGUGCCGUCCUUUACACGGGCGCUUGGUGGUAUCAGAGAUGCCAUGAAAGCCAUCUCACUGGAAAAUAUGGGGAUAACACCAGUGGAAAGGGCAUCAAUUGGUUCUCUUUUCGGGGUCACCUGCACUCACUGAAAUAUGCCGUUAUGAUGGUACGGCCGAUUAAGUAA